AUGUAUGACACCUGUCAGAGGGCCCCUGGGGGAAAUGCCACCCCUGGGAGGGCCUUUAGGGGCUCCGGCGCUUCUGGGAAAACCCCUGGUGGCUCAACCGGCCCUGGGCGGGUCCCUGGGGGCGGCACCGGCCCUGGGAUGACGCUUCGGGGCGCUGUCGCCCAAGGGAGGACCCUUGGGGUCGUUGCCGCCUCUUGGAGGGCCCCCGUCACUCCUGGGAGGGCCCUUGUGGAUUAUGACGCCCCUGGGAGGGACCCUGACGGCUCUGCCACCCCUGGGAGGGCCCUUGUGGGCGCCAGGGCCCCUGGAAAAGACCGUGAAAGGGAACCUGGGGUAGUUGCCAACCCUGUGGGGCUCCUGGAGGCUCCGCCACCCCUGGGAGGGCCCCUGCGGGCGCCGUCUCCCCUAGGAGGGCCCCUUGGGGCGCUGCCACCUUUGGAAGGGUCCCUGUUGUUGCCCCCGUCCCUAGGGCCCCUGGGAGAGGUACCACCCCUAGGAGGACGUUUGGGGUCGCUGUCGCCCAAGGGAGGGCCCUUGGAGUCGUUACCGCCUCUUGGAAGGCCCCCGUCACUACUAGGAGGGCCCCUGUGGAUUACCACGCCUGGGACUCGAAAGGCCUGCGAGGGCCUGGCGCCGGGGCCCUGGAAAAGCCCCCAAAGGGAAGCUCGAUAG